GCUCGCUUUGACUUUAAUGGCAAUCUAGUCGACCAAAGUGAUGACAUUCCAGAGUAUCUGGGUCUCCAUCACCACGGCGAUGACCCAAGCUCUGCAGGUUACACUCUUGAGGAGUUGACUGUUUUGGCAAGAAGCAGUUUUUUACAGCAGCGGGUGUUGGCCCUACAAGUUCUGGCUAGGAUCAUAAGACAGGUAUUAGUGUCUCUCAAGGUUUUUUUCAACUAGCUUGAUUAAACAGCCACUGGUUUCCCUCGGAUCAAUAUGAGGUGUAACAAGUGAGUGCAGAAAUUCCAGUUCUGAAUGGUUUAAGCAGAUUUGCCUCUAAGCACAACCAAUCAGAAGCACGACUGAGAUCUGGGUAGCAACAUGUCAUCAGUAUGGAAUUUCUGCACUUGUUCCAUAGAGGUCAUUUUGCAGGGAAACAAACCACUAGUGGCAUCAUAAAAUGUGAGCAGUUUUCUCAGGCUAAUUUCAACUAGUAUCACGGAUGCUACAAGUUUUUUUCAGGUUGUUUGACAAAUUGUAUGUCUCCCUAUUUUCAACCUUGCCAGGUCUUCGUGGAAAAAUGUGCAUCAUUUCCAAGGCUGUAACCCUUACCAGUCGACCUUCAGUUUGUAAAUGAGUGAACUUCUCAUGUGGCAUAUGCUUUCAUUAACUGCAAAGCUUACCUGUAUUGUGUCUUCCUUUCUGAAUUCUUUUCCAGGCUCAGCUGGGUGUAUUUCAAGAGCAUCUUGAUGACAAUAUAGUGUCCGUUCUUCUUGAUGCAGGAGUUCUGUUUCUUCUCAGAUGGGCAUUAGAUGACUCCUCCGAUGCUGUCAUAGCAGCUGCCAUCCAGUGUUUUGCUGCUAUUCUCAUUGUGCCAAGUGAC